AUGUUCAUUUUGCUGUUCGCUGUCAGUAGUACGGGUGGUAGUAAGGGUGUCUAUUCCGAUAUCGUGAGCAGAGGGAGGUACUUCGACAAAAUGUCCCUUUGGAAAGUUGAAUUUGGGUGCUGGAGCCAUGCGGCGAAUUGCUUUGUGGACGUCGAUAAAGACAUCAGAUUCGUCGAUGAUUUCUUCACCAAUGAGCUCCUCAAUAACAUCUUCGAGUGUAACAACCCCGAGAGAGCCAUGAUCUUCACCCGGAUAAUCGGAGACCAGGACCAUAUGAGCUUUGCCUUCUUGGAAAAAGUUAACAAUGUCAAGACAGCUUGUUUCUGCUCUGGUCUCUGGAAGGGUGGCAAGGGCAAAGUCUCGGACUCUUUUGCAAUCUUCGGGAUCAUAUGUGAUCAGCAUCUUGACCAGAAGCAUGCCAACAAAGUUUUGGGGAUUAUCUGGAGCGUGGAUCGGGAUGCGGGAGUAUCCUUGGGAGAGGAUAAGGUCCAUCAUUUUUUCGUCGAGAACAGUGUCAGCCGACAUGAUAAAAACGUCUUCCAUUGGGAUCAUGAUGCUGCCAACGGACUUUUCCUUCAGGUCCAGAACGGCACUGAUAAUGGUAACCUCAUCCGAGUUCAGCUGGUCGCCAGCUGUGCCGAGAUUCUUGUGUAG